UUUCUUGUAGGAGUACUAUAUUUUUUAUUAAUGUUUGCGACGAUAAACGAACAGCUUGUGCGAUCCCAUAAAUAUCAAUUGUUUUGAAUUUUUUCCAAUAUUUUGCACACCACCUGUUCCAUUUCUUUUAAGUUUAGCCUCCCUCAUGUAGCCUACACUACACUUCCCAGAAGUCCACACCAUCUCCGCGUCGCAACGACUGAAGUAUUUGAUGGAAACAGUGUCUGCAGCUAAUGGUUUUUGAAUGUUUCCAUUUUGUAACAAACAUCUUUUUUCUUGGUACUUGCCAUUGAUAGUCUAAUUUAGAUAACAUCGUAAUGUCAGAAUUGAAACCUUGCAAAGUCUGCAACUACACUCGUCAAAAAUCGUAUGGUUUAGUGGUUCAAUGUUUGGAUCAACUGAAAGAGAAAGGCGUUGAGUCCUUGGGCUUCGACCCCGCGACCCCAGUCACAGUGGUGCUAGAGGAGGACGGGACCAUUGUGGAAGAUGACGCCUAUUUCCUGUGCUUACCCACUCACACCAAAUUUAUGCUUUUGCACGAUAAAGAGAAGUGGGCCCCCACCACUAAAAUCGAUGGCGGCACGGCCUGGCUGACCAGGGAGUCCCGCGUGCUGGACGAGGACGUGCUGGACAGCGCGUUCAGCGCCGCCGAGGACUGGCGCAGCCUGGCCGGCAGGCUGAAGCAGGACCUGGCCAGCAUCAUACUGUUCUCCGAGGCUGAGCUGCAGACCCUGGUGGACACGCCCCGUCCCGAGCUGGCCGAGGCGCUGGGCUUCGGGGAGAGCAAGGCCCAGGCUCUCCAGGAGACACUGCAGAGGGUGCUGGACCGUCGGGAGGAAGAGAGGCAGUCCAAGGAGCUGCUCCGCCUCUACCUGAAAGCCGUGGAGAAGGAGGACAGCCAAUCAGCCGGCCGGGAGGGAGAGGAAAAUAAGGAGGAGACAGACGGAACGGUGGCGGUGUCUUCCUCUGUGUUCAGUGCAAGGACUCUUAUGGUCCUGAAGGGGAAAACCAGCCCUGAAACUCGCCUCUCCAACGAAGAGCUUCAGAUGGUGGUGAAGGAGGGCGCGGACGCCAUGGUGACGGUGCUGGGCUGGGACGCGGAGAGGACGUCCGCGCUGCUCCGGGCCUGCGAGGGCGAGCUGGACAGGCGUCUGGCGCAGGUGCGCUCCAUGCAGUCACUUAGCGCCCGCUCCCAGCGGCCCGGCGCCGACGGCGACGGCCAUAGCGACGGCAACGGCCUCGACGACGGCGGGGAGAUCGAGGCCAAGCGCAUGAAAGCCCCCCUCCCCAAGAGCACCCGCGCAGAGAGCGGCUCCGCGGCACCGCCCGCCCCUCAGCCGGCCAAACAGUCGCCCCCCCCCCCAGUCAACCCUUAGGGUCCCGAUUCUGAAGAGCCCGAGCCGGGCAGCGCUUCUGAGAACUCCGUCUUUUUUUGUUUUUGCUCGUUUCUUUGCUCUUCCCAAAGCCACACGACUGCACAUUUUCUCUAGAUUUCAGGGGAUUUUAAACGCAUCUAAGGGAAUAAAGAGUGUAUUCUGUGGCUUCACCAAAAAAAAAAAAAAUUGUUUAAAAGUUCAAAGAAUGAUUUAUUAUCUAAAGAAAAAAAUAAUGUGCAGCUUGUAAAUGGUAAAAUAAGCAAACAUCCAUCACUCCUCGGUCGUCUUUUUGUGGUUUGGAGCAAGAGGUACUACUUUUUUAUUUUUUUUUAUUUAAGUAGUGCUUUUCAUAAAACCAACAGUGUCUUCUCUCAGUGAUGCUCAGUAUAAUUCCAGGCUAGCAUCGCUGUAUAACGUAAUGGGCUGGAAACACUAACGGCUACGUGGUCAGAUUUGGAAGCUUUGAUGAGAAGGUUUACCCGACAUAUUUAUAUUUCCAUAUUUUUUCGGUACUUAAAUUGAGCAAAGUGAUUUAUCCAUGUCUCCACAUUUUUUAACCGCUGAACAUCAAGACCAAGGCUCAGGCAUUACAGAAGGUAAUCUUGUGCCUGUCAGCAAGACCAUUUACACGCCUAGCCUAGCUUCUCAUCAGGGGCUGGCAUGCAUUGACAUUUCUAUUACUUUAUUUUUCUUUGGGGAAAACCGCAUAUCUUAGAACUCUGUGAGGUGUCAACCACUCCUGACUCUCCUGUCAUUUUUUUUUCUAAAGUAAAAGACCUAUUGCUUUGUCAUGGAGUAGUGUUCUGCUGCAAGAAAAAAAAAAAGAAAUGGGGAAAAUUGGUUUGUCAGAAUGGUAAAUGCAAACUGAACUUAUUUCGCUAAUGAUAAAUCGCUUCUUUUUUGUUCAGAAAUAGGGACCUUUUGGUGGCCACUGUGAUGGUUGUUUUUAGCCCAGUGUUUAGAUGCUAUAGUCACCUUUGUCUGUCCUGUAGUAGUAGUAAGAAUGCAUGGCUUGUUGCACAGAAAGUAGAAACUGGCUCAUUGACAAGUGCAUGAGAGGGGUGUACACUGUUCAGGCACAACGCUGCCAGUAUGGGUGUGGAUUCUGGUGACGCAAUGGCAAUUCCAAAUGGGUGUGGGAUCUUUGAAGGUGAAAUGUCAGUCUCAAUUUAUUUUAUUUUAUUUUUUAUUUUACUGGUUUCAUUUGCAGUGUUUCAAUAGGACUGACGUUUGUCCACUCUCUACCCCCCCCCAGUGAAGCUCACUCACAACUUGUGCACCUUUACUGGACUUUAAUGUAAAUGGGUUGAGGAGGACUUAUACUUUGAUAUUGCGUAGUCCACACUCAUUUACCUGAGGGAAUGCUAAGUACAUCUCAUUAUUUGCUGUUUGCUGUUAUAAAUACACUGGAAGCUGGAAGUUUUUCGUGCUCGGGUGGAGACCUGAAUUUUGCACGUAGGGUUACUGUUACUGUUCAUCCCACCCUGCCAAUAAGAGCACUAUAACGAAAAAGCAGAUUUUGGCGUAUCAUGUUGAGUUUGGUGUAUUCGUUUGUGUAUUUGGUUGUAGCUGAAGAUCAUGUUGAGAGACUCGCUCGGGUUAUUUUGUGUGCUGAGAAAUCCAGGUGUACAUUUUGUUUUUAUGCCCGCACACAGUGUUAACGUCAGUGUCAAUCAAUUUUUAGUGCCUAAGUGUCAAGCUAGUCUGAAAAGGGACCAAUGUGGGUAAGAAUUGUAUUCUGCGUUUACACAAUAAAUAAAUAAAAAAUAUAUAAAAAUCAAAA